GUUCAAGCCACAAUUGCAAAAGGUACGUACCCCGAACUGCAAGUCCGUGAGAAGGACGGAGGUUCCUACCUCAGGUACACAUCAUCGCUGUACCUCAGCUCCAACCAAGACCACCAUUCUCAACCCUUUUUGACCUUCAGCGUCGUCGCCCAAAAUGUGGUUCUUUGGCAGUUUUCUCUACGUUUGUAUUCUACUCAUCAACGCCGUCGCUGUCCUUUCCGAAGAUCGAUUUCUCGCGCGCAGUACGAAUUCCUCCCUCUCUGCUCGAGCGAGUCUAUAUAGCCCCGCGAAUUUCAUAUCUGACCUCAUCUCCCAGUCAAUCUCUCUCCCGCUUCUUACGACCCUGCGUUCGGCACUGGGCCCGAUGCCAGCGUCAAAGCCAAGAUCAUCAAUCUCAUCGCGAGUGUCCGAACCAUCAUGAGGAUGCCACUUAUCUUUGUCAAUUCCGUCAUCAUCCUUUAUGAGCUCAUACUUGGUUGAUUAGCGGAGUGGCCACAUACAUGGCGCAGCUGUAAAAAGAGGACACGGUAGACUUUUCUAGGCAUCAAUGGAGUCCGGCUAACCUUGGAACUGGAGUUUUUGUCGUUGAUAUGAAUUACGGGAGGCCAUGCGUGGGAGUACUACUCUUUGAUAUGAAUACGAUAUGGAACGAGGCGUGACGAGAUGCGGAACCCUCUUCAUGAUAUAGUAGUGAAUGUAAUCUUAUUGCGUACGUGUAAUGCUGAAUUGAACAUGCACAUAAUGUUUCGGACGUCAUCUCCUCAGUUCGCUCAUAGGCGUCUUAUCUUAUUCGAAAUAUACC